AUGAUAUAUGCUAAAUUGCAAAUUUCCGCACCCACUGGCGAGGUUACCACCUCGAGUGGUCGACAUCGAGUUAGUGGACGAUUGAGCGUUCUGGACGACUCGGUCAGACGACAUGGCUUUGAUACUGUCCAGCUAUGCUUUCGAGGCGUAAUCGCAUCAUGCAUAGGACAGAAGACCUGCCUCGAGGAUAUCAUCACUCUAACAGACAUCAAAGCCGCUGGAGAUUUCCGACCGCAUAUGAUUUCAAGCCAGAAGUACUCUACCAAGGGCCACUAUGUGGACUUCUUUUUUCAGCUUCCUACCCAUGCUUCACCCGCUACUGGUUUGAUCAAGACGCUCCCCCUAACCACUAUCGUUGAAGGGAGCACUAGUGUAACCCAUUCGACAGCGAUGAACGACCGACAAGUCAUCCAGGGCGAGUGCGAAGUCUCGUAUUGGAUUGAGGCGCAGUUUCGCUCUCGUGGUGAACAAGUUGGAUCUCUCAACCAGCCUGUCCGGAUUUCUGCCAUCUAUCCUGAUCUACAGCUUUCGCUAUCGCAUGGAGAGCCACUGACAAUUCAAGCAUCUCCUGACCUACUCACUCGGUGCAAGUUGCAGAAGUGUCCUACAUUGUCGGUCUCAAUGUACGAACCAAAUAUCACCACCAAGCGAGAUCCAGGGACUGCAAAACGACAGAUCAGCAUUCCAAUUGCAGUAGCAAUUGAUUGGCAAGAAUUGCCCCGCGGAAACGAUCACUUUGACUCUCGUCAGUCCUUCAAAUGCUCGGUGGAGGCAAAGUGGCUUGUGAAAGAUCGCUUCUCCAUUGCCCCUGUGCGAGGAAAAGAUCGUAUACUGUUACGUGGAGAGGUUAUCCACCGGACAUCAAUGGCGUCCGCGCAGAAAUCGAAUAUUCUCUUCCGCCCACUGCCCUUGUACGAUGAUCCCAACAUGAAAAAGGGCGUCCACAAACGAGCCUCGUACAUUGGAGCCUCCGAACUCGAACUAUGCGUUCCUUCUGCGAUUUCGCAGCCAUCGCUAUGCUGGAACCAUUUUUCGCGGGCAUACGCGCUCGAACUGUCACUGACCUUUCAAAACCUCCAAGGUGCGUCAAAAUACAAGGUACACAGUGUCAUCCCGGUCAGUGUGGCUACACAGGACGUAAGUGUGGAGAAACAAAAAGAUGAAGCAAUCCUGAGCAUCGUUGAGAGCGAAUUGGACGGGUUUGAUGGGGAAGAACUUGCUGUUGACCAGCGUGAUAUGCCGGAGCCACCAAACCAGGGCCAAAGAUUGACGACGAGAACGCCUCCACCAGCAUACUUCCGAUGA